AGCAAACCACAACCAAACAAGAACACACACAAAACAGAAAUCAAAACGGAGAAAACGGAACACAAGAUUUAUAGUGGUUCGGUCGGCUGACCUAAUCCACUUUGCAACUAGGGUUUUUAUUAUCCAGUAAGACUUGUUCAAAGCUCACUAUGCAAUGUUUCGACUCAAUCUAAUAGUUUAUAAAAAAUAUAUGUAAAUUUCUUUAUUAAUCCAAGAAAAUUGUAAUAUAAACACAAAUUUAUCUGCUUCUCCUUUUCUAUUUUUUGGACAUAGAUUUGAGGUACAUUAUAAUCGGUAAGCCCCGCACAGAGAUUCUAGUUUGAAGCAUACCAAUUGCCAACAUCUGUUCAUUAGGAACCUGUCUUUGAAGAUGAACCAAAUGAAGAGAAAGAGGGAAAACAAGAUGAGACACAUGGUUAUCUACUAGUAAUGAGAGCAUGUAAUGUUAAUUUGAUAGAAAAGAAUUACUUUACUAAUAAACAGGGGUGCAACAUAGGACAUUCAAGACCCUAUAAUGAAUUAAAAGAUAAUUUUCCCAUGAACUACACUAUUUGUAAGAAUUUUUAACAUAUUUAUUUCAACAUAUUUUGUUUUUGCUAGAAUGUGUUUUUCAUUGGGAUCGAGGGUGAGAUUUAUCAAAUUCAAUUGCAUAAGGUGGAAUCAAACUUUUUUAGGACCACUAAUGUAGGAAUAUGAAACAAUUUGCUUCCAAUCAAGAGGCAUUUCAAAAUAUACUCUUUUGACUGGAUGCCAUUAAGCAAAUCAUUUUGUGUUCCUAAAUUAUUUUUCUCAAAAAUUUUGACCACACAUUAUGCAAUUGAAUUUGGUAAUCUCAGUAUCAAUUCAGGUUGAUUCAUCGAUAAUGAGAAGCGGCAUGGAGCACAAAUACUGGAAUUGAGCUGACGGAAGCUGUUUUGUGAGAAUAUCCUCUAGAAGUUGAAAGCUAUAUCUUCGUUGCAUGACAACUGAGUUAGAGAUCGUGUUGUUGAGGUUUCUUCUGGUGAAAGUGUUGGCGGUUGGAGCCAAGAAGCAUAGCACUAAGGCCCUGGUGCGGAGAUACGAGAGGCUUACAGUAAUGGGAGGGGGUGGAGGAAGGGUCGGGCUUGAAGGAUCUGGAAGGAGCAAACCACAUAUACUUCGUCACCCAGAUGCGAUGCGAGUCUCUGCAUAGCACUAGGCCAUGUGCACAAUCACAGGGACUGUAUCCAGGUGUUUUCAAAAACUGCAAAUAAGGCAGGUGAAUGAUUGGAGCGGAACUGGUAUCCAGGUGUGAUUGUCUACCUACGAGAACACACGACUUGGUUUCCAUGUAUCAAACUCCAAUAUCUUAGACUUAUAAGUUGUUGGUUUUCUUUCUGUUACUAACAUUGUACUUGCUAAUACUUGUGCCUCAACCUCAAAUACAAACUACAAAACUAAUGAGAGCAUAACAUGGCAGCACAUGUAGAUAAAGAAGCAACAAAACAACACUUGAAGU